CUCCAUCUGGGCUUCGUCCUAGAAAAGGCCUCCAACUGGGCUACCUUCCCAGCCAAGCCGAAACCCUAGGCAAGCACGCAGCCGCCGCGUAUCCCCGACCCCCAUAGCCGCGGCUCUACGUUUCAGCCGAAAUCCAGCAAUCCCCGUCCCAGAACACCACAACCCGCGGCGACUGCUGGAUCGAAGAGGCGGAGAAGAUGACGCAGAAGCAGACCAUGUUCAAGGGGCAGACCAAGAAGAAGUAUAUCCCUCCCAGCCGCCAUGGCAAGGCGCCCCACAUCCGCAAAGGGAAGAGGGCCGUGAAGCCGACCAAGUGCACCAAGGACAUGGACGCCGACAAGGACCUCACAAAGUUCAUCAACCACGCGAACGAAAUAAAAGCUGCAAAUAAGGCUAGUAAAGAAGGUGGCGACCUCAGCAUAGUUAAGUCCGACGUGGAUACUUCCAACUCAAAGCAGUAGGCUGGAGGCUUAUGUUGCUUACUGCGAUGCACAAUACAAGACCAGUGUGUGAAAUGAUCAUGUUUUCAUGAAGAGAGUAUGUUUAGUUCACUCUACAUGUUGUAAUCUGUAACCAGUUUUGUGAAAUCCAAGUUUUGUCCUGUGAA